AGUUCACCUGCUGCCGUUGUCGUCGCCGCCGCGGCUCCCGGGGCUGGAUGGGGGGCCGAGGCCAGCCAGUGGCACCCGGAAGAAAGAGACGCGGCGGCGGCGACGCCGACACCCUCAGAACGAGUGUCCGGACUUGCCCACAGGCUCAAGGAGGAGGCGGCGAGGCGCGGCCCCCGCUGUCCCUGGUGUAGAGAAGUCGCCGUAGCCGCCGCGGCCGGGACUCCCCGGGCUCUCGCCCCUCGGGUCUCAUUGACACUCAGGACCCUACGUACGCUGCGCCAUGUUCAAGAAACUGAAGCAAAAGAUCAGCGAGGAGCAGCAGCAGCUCCAGCAGGCGCUGGCUCCUGCUCAGGCUUCCGCCAAUUCUUCAACACCAACAAGAACGAGGAGCAGGACAUCUUCAUUUACAGAGCAACUUGAUGAAGGUACACCCAAUAGAGAGCUACUAGCCGGGAUGAUAGCAGAGCCUGCUUUUCUCUCUGAGUAUACUAUCUUUGCUUUGGAUUCCUCCAAACAUCCUAAAACACAGAGUGACAGUGUGAAUGCAUCUACUCAUGCCUCGAAAUCUCCUGACAGUGUUAAUGGAAGUGAACCAAGCAUUCCUCAGUCAGGUGACACACAGUCUUUUGCACAGAAGCUCCAGCUCCGGGUGCCCUCCGUGGAGUCUUUGUUUCGAAGUCCGAUAAAGGAAUCUCUAUUCCGGUCUUCUUCUAAAGAGUCUUUGGUACGAACAUCUUCCAGAGAAUCCCUAAAUAGACUUGACCUGGACAGUUCUACUGCCAGUUUUGAUCCACCCUCCGAUAUGGAUAGCGAGGCUGAAGACUUGGUAGGGAAUUCAGACAGUCUCAACAAAGAACAGUUGAUUCAGCGGUUGCGAAGAAUGGAGCGAAGCUUAAGUAGCUACAGAGGAAAAUAUUCUGAGCUUGUUACAGCCUAUCAGAUGCUUCAGAGAGAGAAGAAAAAGCUACAAGGUAUAUUAAGUCAGAGUCAGGAUAAAUCACUUCGGAGAAUUGCAGAAUUAAGAGAGGAGCUCCAAAUGGACCAGCAGGCAAAGAAACAUCUCCAAGAGGAGUUUGAUGCCUCUUUAGAGGAGAAAGAUCAGUAUAUCAGUGUUCUCCAAACUCAGGUUUCUCUGCUGAAACAACGAUUACGAAAUGGCCCGAUGAAUGUUGAUGUACUAAAACCACUUCCUCAGCUGGAACCACAGGCUGAAGUCUUCACUAAAGAAGAGAAUCCAGAGAGUGAUGUAGAGCCAGUAGUGGAAGAUGGAACUUCUGCUAAAACACUGGAAACACUCCAGCAAAGAGUUAAGCGUCAAGAGAACCUACUUAAGCGUUGUAAGGAAACAAUUCAGUCACAUAAGGAACAAUGUACACUAUUAACUAGUGAAAAAGAAGCUCUGCAAGAACAACUGGAUGAAAGACUUCAAGAACUAGAAAAGAUAAAGGACCUUCAUAUGGCCGAGAAGACUAAACUUAUCACUCAGUUGCGUGAUGCAAAGAACUUAAUUGAACAGCUUGAACAAGAUAAGGGAAUGGUAAUCGCAGAGACAAAACGUCAGAUGCAUGAAACCCUGGAAAUGAAAGAAGAAGAAAUUGUUCAGCUCCGUAGUCGCAUCAAACAGAUGACUACCCAGGGAGAGGAAUUACGGGAACAGAAAGAAAAGUCCGAAAGAGCUGCUUUUGAGGAACUUGAAAAAGCUUUGAGUACAGCCCAAAAAACAGAGGAAGCACGGAGAAAACUGAAGGCAGAAAUGGAUGAACAAAUAAAAACUAUCGAAAAAACAAGUGAGGAGGAACGCAUCAGUCUUCAACAGGAAUUAAGUCGGGUGAAACAGGAGGUUGUUGAUGUAAUGAAAAAAUCCUCAGAAGAACAAAUUGCUAAGCUACAGAAGCUUCAUGAAAAGGAGCUGGCCAGAAAAGAGCAGGAACUGACCAAGAAGCUUCAGACCCGAGAAAGGGAAUUUCAGGAGCAAAUGAAAGUAGCUCUUGAAAAGAGUCAAUCAGAAUAUUUGAAGAUCAGCCAAGAAAAAGAACAGCAAGCAUCUUUGGCCCUAGAAGAGUUAGAGUUACAGAAAAAAGCAAUCCUCACAGAAAGUGAAAAUAAACUUCAGGACCUUCAGCAAGAAGCAGAGACUUACAGAACUAGAAUUCUUGAAUUGGAAAGUUCUUUGGAAAAAAGCUUACAAGAAAACAAAAAUCAGUCAAAAGAUUUGGCUGUUCAUCUGGAAGCUGAAAAAAAUAAGCACAAUAAGGAGAUUACAGUCAUGGUUGAAAAACACAAGACAGAAUUGGAAAGCCUUAAGCAUCAGCAGGAUGCCCUUUGGACCGAAAAACUCCAAGUCUUAAAGCAACAAUAUCAGACUGAAAUGGAAAAACUUAGGGAAAAGUGUGAACAAGAAAAAGAAACAUUGUUGAAAGACAAAGAGAUUAUCUUCCAGGCCCACAUAGAAGAAAUGAAUGAAAAGACUUUAGAAAAGCUUGAUGUGAAGCAAACAGAACUAGAAUCGUUAUCUUCUGAACUGUCAGAAGUAUUAAAAGCCCGUCACAAACUAGAAGAGGAACUUUCUCUUCUGAAAGAUCAAACAGAUAAAAUGAAGCAGGAAUUAGAGGCCAAGAUGGAUGAACAGAAAAAUCAUCACCAGCAGCAAGUUGACAGUAUCAUUAAAGAACAUGAGGUAUCUAUCCAGAGGACUGAGAAGGCAUUAAAAGAUCAAAUUAAUCAACUUGAGCUUCUCUUGAAGGAAAGGGACAAGCAUUUGAAAGAGCAUCAGGCUCAUGUAGAAAAUUUAGAGGCAGAUAUUAAAAGGUCUGAAGGGGAACUCCAGCAGGUGUCUGCUAAGCUGGAUGUUUUUCAGUCUUACCAGAGUGCCACACAUGAGCAGACAAAAGCAUAUGAGGAACGGUUGGCCCAAUUGCAGCAGAAGUUGUUGGAUUUGGAAACAGAAAGAAUUCUUCUUACCAAACAGGUUGCUGAAGUUGAAGCACAAAAGAAAGAUGUUUGUACUGAGUUAGAUGCUCACAAAAUCCAGGUGCAGGACUUAAUGCAGCAACUUGAAAAACAAAAUAGUGAAAUGGAGCAAAAAGUAAAAUCUUUAACCCAAGUCUAUGAGUCCAAACUUGAAGAUAGUAACAAAGAACAGGAACAGACAAAGCAAAUCUUAGUGGAAAAGGAAAAUAUGAUUUUACAAAUGAGAGAAGGACAGAAGAAAGAAAUUGAGAUACUCACACAGAAAUUGUCAGCCAAGGAGGACAGUAUUCAUAUUUUGAAUGAGGAAUAUGAAACCAAAUUUAAAAACCAAGAAAAAAAGAUGGAAAAAGUUAAGCAGAAAGCAAAGGAGAUGCAAGAAACAUUAAAGAAAAAAUUACUGGAUCAGGAAGCCAGACUUAAGAAAGAGCUUGAAAAUACUGCUCUAGAGCUUAGUCAGAAAGAAAAACAAUUUAAUGCCAAAAUGCUGGAAAUGGCACAGGCUGACUCAGCUGGAAUCAGUGAUGCAGUGUCAAGACUGGAAACAAACCAAAAGGAACAAAUAGAAAGUCUUACUGAGGUUCAUCAACGAGAACUCAAUGAUGUCAUAUCAAUCUGGGAAAAGAAACUUAAUCAGCAAGCUGAAGAACUUCAGGAAAUACAUGAAAUCCAAUUACAGGAAAAAGAACAAGAGGUAGCAGAGCUGAAACAAAAGAUCCUCCUAUUUGGGUGUGAAAAAGAAGAGAUGAACAAGGAAAUAACAUGGCUGAAGGAAGAAGGCGUUAAGCAGGAUACAACAUUAAAUGAAUUACAGGAACAGUUAAAGCAGAAGUCUGCCCAUGUGAAUUCUCUUGCACAAGAUGAAACUAAACUGAAAGCUCAUCUUGAAAAGCUGGAGGUUGACUUGAAUAAGUCUCUGAAGGAAAAUACUUUUCUUCAAGAGCAGCUAGUUGAACUGAAGAUGCUGGCAGAAGAAGAUAAGCGGAAGGUUUCUGAGUUGACUAGCAAGUUGAAAACCACAGAUGAAGAAUUCCAGAGUUUGAAAUCUUCACAUGAAAGAAGUAACAAAAGCCUAGAGGACAAGAGCUUGGAAUUUAAAAAGCUGUCUGAGGAACUAGCGAUUCAGCUGGAUAUUUGCUGUAAGAAAACCGAAGCCUUAUUAGAAGCUAAAACAAGUGAGCUAAUCAACAUUAGUAGUAGUAAAACUAAUGCCAUUCUCUCUAGGAUUUCUCAUUGUCAGCACCAUACAACUAAAGUUAAGGAGGCACUGUUAAUUAAAACUUGCACAGUUUCUGAAUUAGAAGCACAACUUAGACAGUUGACAGAGGAGCAAAAUACACUAAAUAUUUCUUUUCAACAGGCUACUCAUCAGUUAGAAGAAAAAGAAAAUCAAAUUAAGAGCAUGAAGGCUGAUAUUGAAAGUCUUGUAACAGAAAAAGAAGCCUUACAGAAGGAAGGAGGCAAUCAGCAACAGGCUGCUUCUGAAAAGGAGUCUUGUAUAACACAGUUGAAGAAAGAGUUAUCUGAAAACAUCAAUGCUGUCACAUUGAUGAAAGAAGAGCUUAAAGAAAAAAAAAUUGAGAUUAGCAGUCUUAGUAAACAACUAACUGAUUUGAAUGUUCAGCUUCAAAAUAGUAUCAGCCUAUCGGAAAAAGAAGCAACCAUUUCAUCACUAAGAAAGCAAUAUGAUGAAGAAAAAUGUGAAUUGCUGGAUCAGGUGCAAGAUUUAUCUUUGAAAGUUGACACUCUGAGUAAAGAGAAAAUUUCUGCUCUUGAGCAGGUAGAUCACUGGUCCAAUAAAUUCUCAGAAUGGAAGAAGAAAGCACAGUCAAGAUUUACACAGCAUCAAAACACUGUUAAAGAAUUGCAGAUCCAGCUUGAGUUAAAAUCAAAGGAAGCUCAUGAAAAGGAUGAGCAGAUAAAUUUAUUGAAGGAAGACCUUGAUCGGCAAAAUAAAAGAUUUGAUCGUUUAAAGGGUGAAAUGGAAGACAAGAAGAGCAAGAUGGAGAAAAAGGAGUCUAAUUUAGAAACAGAGUUAAAGACUCAAACAGCAAGAAUUAUGGAAUUAGAGGACCAUAUUACCCAGAAAACUAUUGAAAUAGAGUCCUUAAAUGAAGUUUUUAAAAAUUACAAUCAACAAAAGGAUGUUGAACACAAAGAAUUGGUUCAGAAACUUCAACAUUUUCAAGAUUUAGGAGAAGAAAAGGACAACAGGGUUAAAGAAGCUGAAGAAAAAAUCUUAACACUUGAAAACCAAGUUUAUUCCAUGAAAGCUGAACUUGAAACUAAGAAGAAAGAAUUAGAACAUGUGAAUAUAAGUGUGAAAAGCAAAGAGGAGGAGUUAAAGACAUUGGAAGAUAGGCUUGAGUCAGAAAGUGCUGCAAAAUUAGCAGAGUUGAAGAAAAAAGCUGAACAAAAAAUUGCUGCCAUUAAGAAGCAGUUGUUAUCUCAAAUGGAAGAGAAAGAAGAACAGUAUAAAAAAGGUACAGAGAGCCAUUUGAGUGAGCUAAAUACAAAAUUGCAGGAAAGAGAAAGGGAAGUUCACAUCUUGGAAGAAAAACUUAAGUCAGUGGAAAGUUCACAAUCAGAAACAUUAAUUGUACCCAGAUCAGCAAAAAAUGUGGCAGCAUGUACUGAACAAGAAGAAGCAGAUUCCCAAGGCUGUGUGCAGCAGACAUAUGAAGAAAAAAUCAUUUUUUUACAAAGAAACUUGAGUGAAAAAGAAAAGCUAUUGCAGAGGGUAGGGCAGGAAAAAGAAGAGACAGUUUCUUCUCAUUUUGAAAUGCGAUGCAAAUACCAGGAGCUCUUAAUAAAGCUAGAACAUGCUGAGGCAAAGCAACAUGAAAAUCAAGUUAUGAUAGGUCAUCUUCAAGAAGAGCUUGAAGAAAAAAACAAGAAAUAUUCGUUGAUAGUAGCCCAGCAUGUGGAAGAAGAAGGAGGUAAAAAUAACAUACAGGCAAAGCAAAACUUGGAAAAUGUGUUUGACGAUGUCCAGAAAACCCUCCAGGAGAAGGAACUAACCUGUCAGAUCUUGGAGCAGAAGAUAAAAGAGCUGGAUUCCUGCUUAGUAAGACAGAAAGAAGUACAUAGAGUUGAAAUGGAAGAGUUGACCUCAAAAUAUGAAAAAUUACAGGCUUUACAACAGAUGGGUGGAAGAAAUAAACCCACAGAACUUUUGGAAGAAAACACUGAAGAAAAGUCCAAAUCACAUUUGGUCCAACCCAAAUUGCUUAGUACCAUGGAAGCCCAGCACAAUGAUCUGGAGUUUAAAUUAGCAGGGGCAGAACGGGAGAAACAGAAACUGGGCAAGGAGAUUGUUAGAUUGCAGAAAGACCUUCGAAUGUUGAGAAAGGAGCAUCAGCAAGAAUUGGAAAUACUAAAGAAAGAAUAUGAACAAGAAAGGGAAGAGAAAAUCAAACAGGAGCAGGAAGAUCUUGAACUGAAGCACAAUUCCACAUUAAAACAGCUGAUGAGGGAGUUUAAUACACAGCUGGCACAAAAGGAACAAGAGCUGGAAAUGACCAUAAAAGAAACUAUCAAUAAGGCCCAGGAGGUGGAGGCUGAACUUUUAGAAAGCCAUCAAGAAGAGACAAAUCAGUUACUUAAAAAAAUUGCCGAGAAAGAUGAUGAUCUAAAACGAACAGCCAAAAGAUAUGAAGAAAUCCUUGAUGCUCGUGAAGAAGAAAUGACUGCAAAAGUAAUGGACCUGCAGACUCAACUUGAGGAGCUGCAGAAGAAAUACCAGCAAAAGCUAGAGCAGGAGGAGAACCCUGGCAAUGAUAAUGUAACAAUUAUGGAGCUACAGACACAGCUAGCACAGAAGACGACUUUAAUCAGUGAUUCGAAAUUGAAAGAGCAAGAGUUCAGAGAACAGAUUCACAAUUUAGAAGACCGUUUGAAGAAAUAUGAAAAGAAUGUAUAUGCAACAACUGUGGGGACACCUUACAAAGGUGGUAAUUUGUACCAUACGGAUGUCUCACUCUUUGGAGAACCUACCGAAUUUGAGUAUUUGCGAAAAGUGCUUUUUGAGUAUAUGAUGGGUCGUGAGACUAAGACCAUGGCAAAAGUUAUAACCACUGUACUGAAGUUCCCUGAUGAUCAGACUCAGAAAAUUUUGGAAAGAGAAGAUGCUCGGCUGAUGUCAUGGCUCCGAUCUUCAACUUGAAGAAGAGUGACAUUGGGCGACUGCUGCUUGGAAAACUGUCCACACUUGCUACCCUUUGAGAAUGAAGUUGUCAUUCAGGGCCCCUCAUGUAGCCAAAAGACCAAGAAAAAUCUGGCCCACAGAUAAGUUGCAGACUGCCUUUAAAAUAGAUUUUAUCAGUGGAGAAAUGGUGAUCGUUUUUUCUUCAGUUUUCUCUUGGGAAGAGUUUUAUGUUGUUUAAAAGAUAUUUUGAUAACUUAACCUGCUUUAUGGGCUUACAUAAUAUUCCUUUCAUCCAUUCUUUUUAAAGAAUGGCUUACCUUUCCUAUUUAUUUUUAGGGUGAUUUUUUAAAAAGACUUGUGCAAUACAUUUUGAGGUGAAACUUGGAUUUUUUCUGAUAAAUUAGAGCAUUUAAUUGACUAUUUUAUUCAGGUUGAUCUGUUGAAUAUUUGCUGAAGAUCAGUUCUUUAAGCUAAGACAUGUAAUAAAUCCCAAAUGGCAGUACCUCAUUGUUUACUUAGCUUUUGUACUUAUAUUUUUCAGAGGAAAAAACACUACUGUAAAUUGUGAAUAGCCAAUACAUAACUGUAUUGUAUGCAAAUCUGUGAUUGUUGGCAGUGUCAUCUCUGAGAAACAGAUAAAUAAAGUUUAUUUACUAUAUAA